AAGAGAGAAAGGGAGAGAGCGAGAAAAAAAAAAAAAAAAAAAAGCGAGCGUAGCGUCAUCGCCUACACUCACUCACUCACUUCCUCGUCUCGUCUCUGCUUUACCCCACUUUUCAACGCGCCCACUCCACCACUCCACGAAAUUACAACCGCCUGCCCUCGACUGUCCUCCGGUGAAUCCGACGGCAUGGACGCCGGUGUCACGGCAUUCCGGUCGAUACUCGACAAACCCCUCACACAGCUUACUGAAGAAGACAUUUCCCAGCUCACCCGCGAAGAUUGCCGCAAAUACCUCAAAGAAAAAGGAAUGCGGAGACCUUCUUGGAACAAAUCACAAGCGAUCCAGCAAGUAAUCUCCCUCAAAGCACUCCUUGAAACUAGUGAAGAUUCCGGCGCCGGUGCUCUCCGGAAAAUCUUAGUUUCCAAACCACCGGCUACUUCAAUUUCGAUUGAUUCAAUUAAGGAACCGAGUGAUACAAAUAAUAUCGCAAUUUCGGGGUCUGCAGAUGAGACGGCUCCUUGCCGGCAAAAUGAUUCUCCAAAAUCCCCUCCUCCGGGACCGUUGGAUUGCCAAGCUGAAGAGGCAGAUAAUAAAGCCAUUGCUUCCAGAAGUCCUGGUGCAACAGAUGGAUUGGUCAGGCAAAUGACAAUUUUCUAUUGCGGCAAGGUGAAUGUGUAUGAUGGAGUCCCACCUGAUAAGGCCCAGGCAAUCAUGCAUCUUGCAGCAAGUCCAAUUCAGUCUCAUCUGGAUGAUCCAAUUCAUAGACCUGCAUUUUCAUUUCCAUGUCAUUUUCAGACCCCAAGUGACAAACAUGGCUUUCUUCAUCCUAAUGCUGCAUUUGUCCAUGCCACUCUAACAGAGAAGUCGACAGAAUAUUCUCAUCAGUGUAGGGAGAAAUUGAACACGACUCAUGACCCAGAUGUAGAGGGUCAAGCAAAUCGAAAGGUAUCAUUGCGAAGAUAUCUGGAGAAGAAAAAAGAUAGGGGGAAAUUUAAGGGAAGGAAAAGUACAGGACCUACCUCUUCAAGCUUGGAGUUUUAUGUCAACCAUCAUGUGAGGACACAUACCUCAAAUGGACAAUUAGCCAGGAGCAGCACAAGCUCUCCACCUCUGCCUGGAAUGCCACAUGCCUUGUGUAGCUCAGCUGAUGAUCAGCCGAAGAUUGCAAGUUUUUCUGUUGAUCUUAAUGAAGAUGUCCAAGAACGUUGACAUGCUGUUUGUAAUAUAUGGUGUACAGACAAUUCCCAUUGUCAAAGAUGAAGCCAACCGAACAAUCUUCAGCAUGUUUGCAUCUUUCAUGAUCUGAGCUCGUUCCUGAUGAUGAAGGCAGUUUUAUUUUUAUUUUUCUAGGUGUUCCCGUGUCUAGAGAUCCCUAUGAGAGAAUUACUUGUUGACAAGGGAUAGAGAUUUCAUUCUCAGCUGCUCAAUUUUGUGCUAGGAUCAUGGUCCUGAGAAAUUCUCUGCUUCUGAUUGUAAUAUAACCCGAGUUAAAAUAUACCGCCAUGAGCAGCUAUGCGCUUUACAUGAUGUAAACUUGAAUGUAUGCUGCCAUUUGACUAGCUUGUAGGUUAUCAUCCUAGUUGUUACUGAUGUUUAUCCUCUCCGGAUGAGUACUAACAUUGCUCGCAACUGUCAAUGUACCUGGAGGUGGAGUCAUAGUUGGUAAGGAUAUGCUGUUAAGCGAUCACUAGAUUGCCACCGUUCUCGGAUGCCCAAGGACGUUGUGUAUGUAUUUGACGAGGACAAAACUUAGAAUGUUUAUGCUCUCGAGCCUCGUCUACUCUACAGCAAGUUUUGAAUCGCGACCCGGUGAGGAAGACCUAAGGCUCCCACAUCACCGCAACCCACAAGACGAAAGUUCGUUUUUCUUGGAUCACUUCUCUAGUCUUCUCUCUUUCUGGGUUGUCCUUUUUGGCUGUGUUCUUAUUUGAAGUUACGAGCAUUUCUAUUAAGCCUAGGACUACGAGGAGUUGGGAAUGUUAUGUUGAUAUUUUGUUGUUUCCACUGGAACUAUGAUAAUUUUCUUGACAAUGAAUUCCACUUGCUGUUUCGGAGGU